AUGGUACUGCUUGCUGUACUGGUGCUCGGCGAUGAAGCGCAGCGCGAGUGCGAUGCUCCGCUGGCGGUGGUCCUCGCCGGCUUUGCCGCCCUCAUCUUUGCGCGCAUCCUGCCUUACGCCAUGCUCGUGGGCCGCAUGCUCUACGGUGUGGUCAAGGCAUAUCCGCCGCGGUGGCGCAUAAUCUACCAUGUUGCCACUCUCGGCCUCCUUGGCGUGUGGGCGAUCAUGGGCCUCAUCUCGCUCGCAUCCUCAUCGACCUGCUCCGACACCGCACCCACGCUCUUUGGCGCCACCGCUCUCCUCGAGGCACUUGUUCUCCUCUGGCUCGCCAUCGACAUUCCGUUCAUCUUCUUCCUCGAACGCGUCUGGUUCCUCCGAUGGCAAGAGUCCGAGUAUGAUGUCGACGAUGAUGGCGACGACGACGAGUGCUAUGACGACGAAGACUGGCAUGGCGACGGCGAGCCGUCAUACUCGCUCAACGACCGCCUCUCAUCCACAGACGAUACCAUCUCCAGCACUACCACCACCACUCUCCGCACUGAUGACAACACGGACGGUGAUGGCGGUUCCAGUCUCACGAUCUCAUACGCGUAGUAGCCCACCCUCCCCAACCACUGAACCACCC